CUGUCAUCUGGACAUCAGAAAAUGCAGUGUAAAUUUGGAGUUGAAAGUAAAAUCUCAAUAUCCCAAAAUCAUACAACGCUCUCGCCCCAUCAACUACCCACGAACUAUACUUCGGUUCCGUCUACAUCUAACAUCUUACUCGGUUCCUAAAUGGUAUAUGCUCCCUACCAAUCCGCCAGAACUCCAUAACCAUUGACGCUCAGAAUUCCCGUCUUGCCGGCUCCAAGACCUCGUAUUCCAGAGAGCUCUGGGUACUGAUGAAAUGGCCAAGGCCUUCGGAUCAACAACGAUGAACAGCGUGCUGAUAUUGGAGAAACAGCUAAUGGAUAGGACCAAAUAUCUGGAUCUAAUCAUCAAAGAGUACCAUAAUAAGCCAAUGGUCAAGACGAUGCCUGUUUUAAAGCAGCGCUCCAACUCCCAGGAACAAGUAAAGGACGAUCUUUUGGCCCUGCAACUACAAGUCAAUUCUAUCCGCAAACUAAUCAUCAGAGAUCCUGCAGUGCAGACUUCGCCAAACGGCAUUGAAAACCAGGACGAAAGUGAUAUAAAAGAGGGCGCCAACGGACGUGAUCGCAUAGCAAAAGUGCAGCAGGCCACACCACCGGUCUUCGAAAUUGGCAAAAAGCGACCUUUUUGGAGGUCCAUAUAUUUCAGGGAUAUAGUCGAGCAAUUUAGGCGAAGGGCGGCCCAAAGAACCGAAAUAAAUAUGAAUCACUUGAACGAAGCAAAUCAGAUAUUUCUCAAAAGCAAGUAUAGGCGCAUUGCCUACGAAGGCCGUAUGUACAGGAAGCACCACUUAGAGGAAGUUAUACCGAAGUCCAUCCAUGUCGUCGAGGAGGUACAAAUCAGCAGCGAGCUAAUUCCGCUGACCAAAGAGCACCGGAGUCGGCUGAUGGAAUUAUCUGAGGGUCCAUUGCAGCAGGUGAUUGUGUCCAAGUUCAAGUUGGACCUCCACCGCAGCGAAAUAAAAAUCUUGACUGAAGGCGCCUGGCUCAACGACGUAAUAAUCAACUUCUACAUGAACCUACUGGCCGAGCGGUCGGAGAAGCGUCCUGGUCAACUGCCCAGCGUGUACGCCAUGAACACUUUCUUUGUGCCCCGCCUGCUGCAGAGUGGUUUCGAUGGCGUAAAACGCUGGACUCGGAAGGUGAAUCUCUUUAGCAAGGAUAUCAUACUUGUGCCUGUUCACCACAACGGCGUUCACUGGUGCCUGGUUAUAAUCGAUCUACGUGCCAAAACAAUGCUUUACUACAAUUCAUCAGGCGGUGGCAAUCCGAGGCUGAUGGGAGCGCUAGAGAAAUACCUGCGAAUGGAGUCGUUGGACAAGCGCGAGCAGCCUCUGGACACCAGCGGCUUUCGCAUCGAGCAUGCCCAAGAUGUGCCGCAACAGGACAACAUGGACGAUUGCGGCGUUUUCACCUGCAUGUUCGCGGAAUAUCUAACCCGGGAUGCUUCAAUAACUUUCUGCAAAGAUGACAUAAAUUAUUUUCGCAUUAAGAUGGUUCUGGAGAUGGCCGACGGCGAGCUGUGGAAGUAGGCGUUCCGCUUGCUAAACCUAUAUUUUAUAGAGCUUACUUUUACUUUAC